GAGUGGGCCCUCCACAGUCAGCCCUGUGUGGGGCAAACAGGCCGAGGUCUGCCUUGUCGGGGAAGGGGGAGACAGGGUCCUGGUGGCCCAGGAGGAGUGAGCCAGAGGGGGCCCGGGGUCCACCGUGGGUGACUUGAGAAGCUACAGGGGCAGAGAAAAGGGUGGUGAGGGACGGACUGGGAGGCAUGCACCAGACAGAAGGUACAGAGAGAACGAGACACCCCAAAGAGAUACGGAGAGAGGGAUGGAGACAGAGGGAGAUACAGACAGAGACACAGAUAUAGUGACAAAAACCAAAACAGAGCUAAAAACAACAACAGCGAAAAUAAAAGCAGAGGAAGACAUAAAGGAGACAACAGAGAUGGACAGAGACAGAGACAGUGAGGCCGAGACAGAGAAGAGAGACACCACGGCAGAGAGAGAAACCGUCUGAUGGAGAGACGAGGAGAGAUGGAGACACGCAGGAUAAACACGCCGCCCUCCUCACCCCUGCGGCCCCAGCUCCACAGAGGGAGAGGCAGGGACGAGAUGGCAGAAACACACCCCCACACUGACCUCCUUCCAGGACUCUCCGUCCCUCAGCUCUGCCCGCCUUCCCUCCUGCUGUUGGCCAAGCCCAUUAAGUUUCUGGCCCAGCCACAACUGAAGGCCCCACGCCCUGGGGAGGAAACCACAGAAGAGGCGUCCCCGCUGCCUAGCACCCCAAACCAUCAAUUAGUAUUAACAAGGGAAGGCUCCUCGCUGCCUAAAGACCCCCAUCGGAGCUCUGAUGGAGGGGAGGCCCCACCCCCAUGACUCAGGAGGUUAAAGGGCCCGGGGGCCAGCCUGGGAGCCCAGAGUGUCCCGAUGGCGUGUGGCAGCAGGAGGGUCACUAUCCAGCUGGUGGACGAGGAGGCAGGGCCUGGAACCAGGGGCCCGAAGCCCUUUCGGGGCCAGAGAUACGAGGCAAUCCGAGCAGCCUGCCUGGAUGAGGGAAUCCUGUUCUGCGAUCCUUACUUCCCUGCUGGCCCUGAUGCCCUUGGCUACGAUGAGCUGGGGCCGGACUCGGAGAAGGCCAAAGGGGUGGAAUGGCUGAGGCCCCAUGAGUUUUGCGCCGAGCCCCAGUUCAUCUGUGAGGAUAUGAGCCGAACAGACGUGUGUCAGGGGCGUCUAGGUAACUGCUGGUUUCUUGCGGCCGCUGCCUCCCUCACUCUGUAUCCCCGGCUCCUGUGCCGGGUGGUGCCCCCUGGACAGGGGUUCCAAGGGGGCUAUGCAGGUGUCUUCCACUUCCAGCUCUGGCAGUUUGGCCGCUGGGUGGACGUCGUGGUGGACGACAGGCUGCCGGUGCGUGACGGGAAGCUGAUGUUCGUGCGCUCGGAUCAGCGGAACGAGUUCUGGGCCCCGCUCCUGGAAAAGGCCUAUGCCAAGCUCCACGGCUCCUAUGAGGUGAUGCGAGGCGGCCACAUGAAUGAGGCCUUCGUGGACUUCACAGGCGGCGUGGGCGAGGUACUCUACCUGAGGCGAGACACCCCAGGCCUCUUCUCCGCCCUGCGCCAUGCCUUGGCCAAGGAGUCCCUCGUGGGCGCCACUGCCCUGAGUGAUCGGGGCGAGUACCGCACCGAAGACGGGCUGGUGAAGGGACACGCGUAUUCAGUCACGGGCACAUACAAGGUGUCCCUGGGCUUCACCAAGGUGCGGCUGCUGCGGCUGCGGAACCCAUGGGGCCGCGUGGAGUGGACCGGGGCCUGGAGCGACAGCUGCCCACGCUGGGACGCGCUCCCCGCCGAGUGCCGAGACACCCUGCUGGUCAAAAAGGAGGAUGGCGAGUUCUGGAUGGGGCUGGAGGACUUCGUCCGAUGCUUCAACACCGUCCAGGUCUGCUCGCUGAGCCCCGAGGUGCUGGGCCCGAGCCCAGCGGGGGGUGGCUGGCACAUCCACACUUUCCAAGGCCGCUGGGUGCGGGGCUUCAACUCUGGCGGGAGCCAGCCUGGCAACGAGACCUUCUGGACCAACCCCCAGUUCCGACUGACGCUGCUGGAGCCCGAUGAGGAAGAGGACGAUGAUGAGGAGGGGCCCUGGGGGGGCUGGGGGGCGGCAGGAGCGUGGGGCCCUGCGAGGGGUGGCCGCAUCCCCAAGUGCACCGUCCUUCUGUCACUCAUCCAGCGCAACCGCAGGCGCCUGAGGGCCCAGGGCCUCACUUACCUCACCGUGGGUUUCCACGUGUUCCAGAUCCCCGAGGAGCUGCUGGGCCUGUGGGACUCCCCGCGCAGCCGCGCGCUCCUGCCCGGCCUGCUGCGCGCCGACCGCUCGCCUUUCUGCGCCCGCCGCGACGUGAGCCGCCGCUGCCGCCUGCGCCCCGGCCACUACCUGGUGGUGCCCAGCGCCGCCCGCGCCGGCGACGAGGCCGACUUCACGCUGCGCGUCUUCUCCGAGCGCCGCCACACCGCCGUGGAGAUCGAUGACGUCAUCAGCGCCGACCUGCACGCCCUCCUGGUCCCCUACGUUCCCCUGGAGCUGGGGCUGGAGCAGCUAUUUCAGGAGCUGGCCGGAGAGGAGGAAGCACUCAGCGCCCCUCAGCUCCAGACCUUAUUAAGCAUCGCCCUGGAGCCUGCCAGGUCCCACGCCCGGACCCCUCGAGAGAUUGGGCUCAGGACCUGUGAGCAGCUGCUGCGGUGUUUUGGGGCCACAUUUGACAAGUUCGAUGAGGACGCCUCUGGAACCAUGAACUCGUACGAGCUGAGGCUGGCGCUGAAUGCGGCAGGCUUCCACCUGAACAACCAGCUGACCCAGGCCCUCACCAGCCGCUACCGGGACAGCCGCCUGCAGGUGGACUUCGAGCGCUUCGUGUCGUGCGCAGCCCAGCUCACCUGCAUCUUCCGCCACUGCAGCCGGCAGCUGGAGGGAGGCGAGGGCGUCGUCUGCCUGACCCGCAGACAGCACCUGCGGCCAGAGGCGAAGAGCCGCCGGGACCCCCUCCGCCUCUGCCCGGCACGCGGGGCCGGUGCUCUGGCGCGAAGCGGCGGUUCGGAGCGUCGCCGCGGGAGCCAGCCUGCCCGGAGCGGCUUCUGGCUCCAGUGCCCACCAGCCGGGCGAUGCUGGCCACGCGGCUCCCUGCACCUCUCUGCGCUUUGCUCUCCCCAUCCGGACGCGGGGAUGGCGACGGCACCCUUCUCGCGCAGGCUACACGACUUAGCGCUCGGAGCCUGGCAAGAGUGGGUCCCCGGGUAGCACCCAUUUUUACAGUCACGGGGACGGGGAUCUCCCAGGCCCAGCCUUGCUCUGGGAAGAGGUUCUCCCGUGGCUCUGCUAAGCAGAGAACGGAGACGGGAGACAGAAAAAGACAGAACACCGUAGGAAUCCUUCUGAAAAAUAUUACAUGUUUUAUUAUCCUGUCCCCAAGAAGGGUGGUUUAUCCAGAAACCGAGAAAAAAAAAAAAAAAAUCAAAUCAAUCAGAAUAAACUCAAAAAUGGGGAGGGGGGAGGAGGGGGAGGGAGAAAAACCCA